UUAUUAUGUGUUCUGAUGUGUCUUGGUUCUCCUGCUCUGGGUAGCUUCCUUCAUGGUCCAUCGACGGUUGGAGUUCCUGUGGGAGUUCCAGUUCCUGUGCCUGUUCCGGUUCCCUCUCCAUUUCCGGUUCCUGCUCCAGUGGCAGUUCCAGCUCCAGUUGCUGUUCCCGUUCCCGUUUCGGAUACUGUGACAGUGCCUGCGGCCUAUAACGUUCAUCAGUCAUUUGCCUAUGGAUCUACAGAUCACUAUGCUCCCGCUCCUCAAGCGGUCUUCAAAUAUUCAACCUCCUAUGCUGCACCACAGCCGGUUAUCAAAUACUCCCUAGGAGCUCCGGUAACCACCACCACCACCACUUACACGGGAUUUGCUGCACCACCGACUGCUCAUUUUGCAGCACCACCACCACAGGUUCAGUUUGCAGCACCACCACAAGUUCAAUUUGCUGCACCACCGCCUCCACAGUUCGUGGCCAGAUAUGCUGCCCCGCCUACGGGCUACCAGUUUGCAGCUGCCCCCUCUUACGGAAGAUAUAAACUUCACUUUGGAGCACCUCCACCACCAUCUCAUCAUCAUUCUCCAGCCGCCGUCUACGGAGCUCCCCCGGCGACAUUUAGCACUCAGGGCUGGUAACGCGAGAUACCGAAACCCCAACCCCAGAUGGGCCCCCAGCUCAUUAUGCAUAACUAUGAAUGAUAAUUUCCUCAAAUUAGCAAUUAAUUAAAUCUAAAUAAUGUUGUUAUGUUUCGUAUUAUCCGCGACUCGUGAAUUUAUGCGAAGAACGCGGAGCGUAGCGAUUUAAUUAUGCUUAUAUCUUAAGCCCAUAAAUAAUUCAGUUGUUUUCAUGGCUUCGAACCGUUUUAUUUUGGCUCCGCCAAUUUUGGCCAAAGGCGAGGCAUGACACUGAGAUUGGGCCCAGAUGAAUACCGCCAGAUAUUCCGCUAUUAUCUCCGAUAACUUCUGACCAACUGACCUAACUCAACGAACGAAAGAGAGCUAGCGGACUAUCCAUCAAUUGGGUCAACAGUUUAAACUUUAAAAAGCUUUUGAGUUGAAAGAUAGACAGCUUGAUUACACCUCAAACAUUGGCUUUGCAUAAAUAAAUCAAGUAAAUUGACGAUUUCCGCAUUCAGAGUUUGAAUAUUAAAUAGGUGUCAUAUUUAGUUAUCAAGUAAUAAAAACAAAAAAUGC